AGGCUUCUCACUUCGGACACGCGCAUCUUAACCGAACAGCACUCUUCCGGCUGUAUUCCACUGCAUUCACUUCACCGUCACAGUACCCGUUCGUAGUCUUGCACUGACUGCACUGAACCCACCAACCAACUCUUUCAUGUCAAUAGGGCGUAGCAGCAUGCUGCCACAGGUCUCAACCACAGAUUCGGGGGCCGUUUAUCAUGCUCUCCCACCAACCGAGGUCGAUGACGAUUGCGACAGCGAACUUGAAUUGGCACUCGAUGAUUCUGCAACUUUUCUCGUUGAUCAGAUUGUUGAUAGUCGAAUACGGUGGAUAUACUUUAUGCUAGGCUGCGCGAUCCUCCUCCCUUGGAAUGUAUUGAUUACCGCCACCUCGUUCUUCUUGUCUCGCUUGGUCGGAUCGCCAUUGCGGGCAACCUUUACCUCAUAUCUGACCACUACUUCCAACGUGUUCAAUGUAUUUGCGCUAGCACAUGCCACGGCAACUUCGAAACAGUCGUCACCCUCUCGACGAGUUUUUUGGUCUGCCGCAUCAGUCACACUCAUCAUCAUUCUCUUGUUCUUCAGUACCUUUGGAUACUACCAACCAUCGACCUUCUUUUUCUUUGCAAUCCUUUGUGCUAUUUCUUUGGCCAUAUGCGUUUCAUAUCUCUCCACAGCCACCUUCGCUGGAGCCUCGCUUUUCGGGGCUCCUUACAUGCAAUCUAUGAUAUCCGGCCAGGCUGCCAUAGCUGUGGUUGUUAGUGUGGUCCAGGUGGUCACAAUCAUCUUGUCUGUGUGGGAUUCGACGCCGGAAACAAUUGCCGCGUUCAUAUCUAAUGAUGGCAUUGGAGACGGGAUGGCAGAGCAGGAUUCUGCCCGUAUAUUUUUUGGAAUAUCCGCAUUGUUCAUGGUAAGCACGUUCAUGGCGUAUGCCUGGAUGGCACAAUUGCCAGCCUACAAGGCCACUGUUGGGAUUUUGGAACAAAAAGUCAAGCUUGAAGGGGCUCUGGGCAGCGCCGAUGAAACUGGAGGGCUCGUCUUUCGCGAUACAAAUCAAGCAAGCCUUGAAGAAAGAAAUCAAAUAAUCCGUGUAUUCAAAGCGAACAUCCACUAUGAACUUGCUCUUGCAUAUGUCUAUGUGAUCACUUUGGCCAUCUUCCCUGUUAUUACAAUUACCAUACAACCAACCAACCCCAAUACCCAUCCAUUACUAUUCACCGCCAUUCAUUUCUUGAUGUUCAACCUCGGCGACUUCUUUGGACGAUACAUCUGUUCUUUCCCGAUAGUAAUAACGUGGUCCGCUACACGCAUACUGGCAUUCUCGGUCAUCCGUACCCUGUUUAUUCCCAUUUUCCUUCUGUGCAACACGGUACAGGGCCCUUCACGUGGUUUGCCCGUAAUCAGCUCCGACUUUGUCUACAUGUUCCUUGUUGGCGCUCUAGGCCUCUCCAACGGAUACGUCUCUACGCUCUGCAUGCUGGGUGCAUCCUCUCUGGAGCACAAUCCACGAUUGCGACAACGUCGCGAAGACAUCCCUACUGCGAGUACCGUGGCUGGUUUCUGUCUUAUCGUGGGUCUUGCAAUCGGGGGUUUUGGAAGUUUCGGGGUGAGAGCUAUUAUUUGCCAAUGUAAUCCUUUCAUAAAUUGAACACGUAUACCCUAAACCCAUACAUACAACGAUAUACCAGAAUUUGAUAGUACGACCAUCUACAGUGGAUCAGACAAUACAUCAUAAUAUCACGGCAGACUGCUACUGGGAGCUCCUGGAAGACGAGGGGCUAGAUCCUUCGCCUGUGAGGUUUGCCUCCGUCGUCGGUGCUCCGAGAGUCUCAGGGCAAAUAUAUCACGAUGUAAAAUAUACUUCUCGUGGGUGGGCCUUGAUGAGAGAGAAC